AUGCCGCGGGCUCCGUUAGGUGAAGGGACUGAAGCCACGCAGCCUAGCUGUUUGGGCCUGAGCAGCCGAGGGGUGCGGUGGAGCCGGAUUGGAGGCAUGUGUGGCAUCCGCGCAUCGCGGUGGAGGACAGGCGCCGCUGAUGAGUGCGAUGGUGAUCACGCACCCGGUGGUGACGCGAGCAGCUGUGCGGCGUCGACGCAGAGCACGGUGGACAACUCGACGGAGUCAGCCAAGGAGCGCCAGGAGCGCGAGUUCCUGGCCGAGCUCACGAAGCUAGAGGGCCGCGGCAGGCCUCCGCGUACAACCGCCAUAGGCCGACACACCCUCAAGGCGGGGACGAGCUGGGAUGCUGACCUCAUCUCUCCAAGAGUGGGUGGGGAAGGCGUGCGGGAAGAAUGCAAGCUCCACGAGGAUGAGGGCCCGAGGCUGGGCAUGCUGACGGGAAGGAAGAGCACCAAGAGAUUCGGCAGCCACACCGAUGUCACUGCUGCUAUCGCCGCCUCCGCUGUGGAUUUCCCUGCUUGCGACCCCACCGCUCUGCUGCCUCGCUCCAAGCGCCACAGCUCGUGUUUUGGGGGCAGUUCUUCGCGCUUCUAUCUGGAGGCCGAUGACGAUGCGGAUGUAUACGGUGGCGAUGCGCUGAUCGAAGACAUGGAGUUCGAACUGGUGGAGAAGGCGCUGCCCGGGUGGGGCCGGGAGACAGUGCGGUGCUUCAACCCGUUGUGGAGCUGGUGGGGCUGGGACGAAGACGCAGGGCCGUGGGACAGUGACGCAGAGGACGCGGGCGGAGAGGGCAGGCGGGUAUGUAAGGAGGAUCAGGAGGAAGGGGGAGUGGAAGAAGAGGAAGAGGAAGAAGAGGAGGAAGAGGAUGAAGAGGACGAAGAAGAGGAGGAAGACGAAGAAGAGGAGGAAGGUGAUUUGGAAGAGGAAGACGAUGACAGUGAGGAGGAUCAGAACAUAAGGAAUAGUAUACGGAAAGGACACGCAUUUAUUGGCCUGAGUGAGAGUCAUGUUGAGAUUGGAGGGGAGGGGGAGAUGGCAGUGGGUGUUUCUGGCGAUCGUGGGUGGGAAGGAGCGACAGGCAGAGCGAGUGAGGGAGACAGUGGGUCGCAGGGCGUGGGAGGCUCGUCGCCUGUGUGCGAGCAGGCAAGCGAUGGCGAGGUGAGCGACGGCAUCUGCUGGAGCGACCUGGCGGACAGCGAGGGGCUGGGCGUGCGCAGUGGGGACGAGGCGGAGGCGCUGGAGAAGCUGCUGCUGUACGCUGAGAGUGGCAGAACGGGCGAGGGACAAACGGAAAGGGUGGAAGUUGCAGCACAGGGACAUGCUGAGAGUGAGGAGUGUUGCUGCGUGCAGGUGGGGAAGGAGGUGUCGGAGCGUGCGUGCUUCACCAACGAGAGGGUGCAUGUGGAGGUGGAGGCAAGCUCCCGUGGCCACACACAUGGCGGCAGCAGCGCUGGUCCGUGCUCGGUGCAGGCAGCAGACGCUGCUGGCCGUGUGAGGCAGGGCGAGGCAGGACAGUGCGCGAGGACAGUGAGCACGCUUGAGUUGGAACCGGACGAUGGGAGUGCUCAUGACUCGAGUGAGGUUGAACUGCCACUGCACCGCAAGCCAAGGCCGGGUGGCAGCCGAAGCACCAUGGGCGGUAGCCAGGGGGAUCCAGCAGGGGAUCAGAAGUGGCAGAGGGAGGCGCAGGCAGUGUUGGGGGCGUGCAGUGCGAGCAGCGAUGGCAACGUGAGGAUCGUGCGCUUUCUGGACAUAUUUGAUGUGGGGGGGUGCGUGGGCGAGGGGCGGUGGGGCAAGGUGUUCAAAUGCCAGCACAGGACGUCGGGGGAGUGGCUGGCGUGCAAGACGCUGCGCAAGACGGAGCGGCGCAUCCCCGUGCUGCAGCAGGAGAUCAACCUGCUCACUGCACUCACGCACGUGCCCAACGUGGUGUCGCUGCGCGGCGUGUACGAGGAGCCCAAGCGCGUGCACCUGCUGCUGGAGCUGGGCCGCUGCGACCUCUUCUCCGUGGUGGAGGCGGGCGGGGGCGUGGACGAGGCGAGUGCAAGAGCCAUGUUCCGCGGCAUUGUGCAGGGCUUGGCGGACAUCCAUGCACGCGGCAUCAUACACCGCGACAUCAAACUGGAGAAUGUGCUGCUCGUGGGGCCCUCUGCGACGGCAGGGCUGGAGAUAGGUGAGGCAGCAGCGGCAGCAGUCAUGUGGGAGUACAGCGCAGAGGACACUGUGAAGAUCACUGACUUUGGGCUGGCAACGCAGCUGCAGGCGGGGCAGUGGAUGGGGCCGGACGUGACAGGGUCGCCGCACUACAUGGCUCCGGAGGUGGCUCUGGGGGCGCAGUACAACCAGAAGGCAGACGUGUGGUCUGCUGGCAUCGUGCUGCACGCACUGCUGCUGGGCGUGUACCCCAGCUGGAACGAGGACAAGGGCUGCGUUGACAUUUCACACGAGCGGCGCUCGUCGGCUGCUGAAAACGCUGUUGCAAGUGCGGGUGGAAGCGAGGCCAACAGCAGAGCAGGUGCUGCAGCAUGA